AUUGAAGCCAUUGUUGUUAAUACCGCUAAACGGGAAGUGAUAAUCAAUUUUUUUUGAUGAUCUGAUCCAUUGAUUUUACUGGUUUUGUUGGACCAUCGCAUUUGUGGUUUCAUCGCCGCAAUGGACAUCAACACUACUGUCCUUCACAUGACGGACACCGAACGCCAAAUGUUUGGCCAUUUGUUUGGCUGUUACGACGCCGACAAUACUGGACUGUUGGCCAAAUCGGUGGCCAAACAUUUGCUACAGGCGUCGCAUUUGGACGAUAGUGUAUUGGAUCAGAUUCUCGAGUUGAGUACCACAUCUGGAUCGACAUCUCUAACUCGUAACCAGUUUUAUUCAAUGCUCAAACUGGUCGGCGCCGCACAAUCGGGUCUUCCAAUAAAUGGCGACACAUUGAUAACUAACACAAUGACCAUACCGUUGCCUCAACUAUCACCGAUCAAUUGGACUGAUCUUAACAAACUGAAACACACGACAACUGCUUCUUUCAAUAUUAGCAGUGAUGCCAAAUUUAUAAGUGAACCGCCGAUAACAAUACUGAACCAAAUGAGCGGAUCAUUGCCUCCUCCGCCCACUAAAUCCACUGUUCGUCCGAAUCGACGAAACAAUCAUCACUGCUCUACGAUUGUCGAUGACUUACGAGUGGCCAACGAUAAUGCGGUCAAUAAUUAUCAUUCCGUGACAAACAAUAGCCAUUUAGAUUACGAUAAAACUUUAGAUGACUCAACAGUAUCGCCAAACUCAUCGGAUAAUGAAGAUCUGAAUGAAUCGCCAAUUGAUUCACAAUUAGAUAAGUCUUACGAUUAUCGGGACAAAAGUUGGACAGAAUUUAAUGACGAAGAUAAAGACAAGCUUAAGAAUUGGAACGAUUUGGAUGAAUCACAACACCUGUUAGACAAUGAAGAGGAAGAAGAAGAAGACGAUGUGGAAGACGUAAUAUCCGYUGARAUMAAAACGGAAGAAGAAUUGGAUGAUAUUUUUAAAAUAACUGAUGAACAAAGAGUUUAUUACACGAACCAGUUUAAGACAUUACAGUUGAACCUAAACGGCGUAAUAAUGGGUCAAAUGGCGAAAGACUUUUUUGAGAAGUCAGGUCUACCGAUACUGGAGUUGUCACAGAUAUGGCAACUGUCAGAUGUGGACAAAGACGGAGCGCUGACAUUAAACGAGUUUUGUAUUGCAAUGCAUUUAGUAGUUUUAAGACGAAAUUUUGUUGAACUCCCCACACAAUUGCCUACAACAAUGUUGCCUUUAAAUAUGAAUACCGUUACCACCAUCGAUGGCAUCAGUCGUAUUACAGGUAUCAAUAAUACAAGCAAUAAUAAUAACAACAAUAAUAAUAAUACAAUUAAUAAAUGUAUGACCGAUGUUGAGCACAUAUAUGAUUCAACUACUCCUAAAACUACAGCAGAUCUCAUCGAUAAUAGUAAUGCAGUAACAAUGACCACUACCGUACCUACAAACACACUGUCGCCACAAAAUAAAGAGUGGACAAAGUUUACAGAUUCGCCGACCCAUCACAUGAUUGCAGUGACCACAGUAUCGCCACCCAGUACUUCAUCGAGCGCUGGCAUUCAGGCAUUAGCCAACUUUGAUUUUGUUCCGGCUUCCAUUUCCAGAGAUCCAAAAAUUUUACAUCCCGUUCCCCGUAGACUAACACCAGACGGCCUACCGAUUAACAAUAGUGUUGACGCUAACGUUCAUACCGAUUCCAUUAGAACAACUGUGAUUACCGGCAAAAAAGAUCCGCCACCRCCACCACCUCCCCGUCCUCGACACUCAGGUCACGCUAGAAGUUCAUCGUUGGACUUGAAUAAAAUUAUAACAACCGGUACCAUCAGUAGUGGUAAUGAUCUCAACUUUUCUCACCCAAACACACACUUAAAAAUAUCUAAUUCAGAGUACGCACUGACAGCCGGUCCACCCAAAGUGCUUUCACUACAAGGCCGAAGUGCCGGUGCAUUUCACGCCUAUAGGAAAACCAAAAUCGAAACUAGUCUUACAAAUAAUGUUAAUAAUUAUAAUAAUAGUAAUAACAAUAAUAAAAAUAGUUUGACGUUUGAAACGUUACGACAAAAAUAUAAAUUACCAAAUGAAGUGCCACUACCCGAAAACCCGUUAGACACGAAUGAAUUGUGGAAAACGAUUAGAUCAUUACAAGAGACCAACAAAUUAUUAGUCGAUAUGAACAACGAGUUGUUGGCUGAAGUGAUCAGAGUUAGCGAUGAUAAACAUUAUCUGGAGUUAUAUUUAGCGCAACUAAACAUUGGAUGCAAAUUAUGAAAACAAUUUUCUCAUUAUAAUUGUGUCAUCCAAUCACUCCCUUAACCUAAUAAU